CCCAUCGUCAGCACCGCAACUGCAACUGCAACUGCUAUGGGGCCGUCAAUGACGCCACUGUGCAACCGUGAGCCAGCCGGGCCUUGUGCAAGGCCACAGGGCACCACAAGGCACACCCGCUCCCCAAGUGGUGGGGAAGUCCAUACGUCAGGUACAUACAAAGACGACUCACGAGCCAUGGCCCAAAGCGGUGUUUGUCUCGCCAGCAUUCAGCUGAGCCCUCUCCCGUCCCCCAGUUCCGCCCUGCCAGCCCGCACAGGUCGCCACUAGCCCGCACACUACCGGCUCAACCGAGGCGCUAAGACACGAGAUCGAUGCACCAGAGCCAUCGGGUCCAUAUGCUUGCUUGGCACCCUCGAUCAUAAAGCCUGCUUUCCAAUAUGGCCAGUCAUCUCUCUUCCGGCGGACGAGAUGCAGCAAAUUCCAACGUCGUCGUCUCUGCUGUCCCUCCGCUCGCCCAGUCCAUCCACUGCUCCCAAACAUCGCACAAAGGCCGACGAACCAGGGCCAAGCUCACCAGCGACGAGAGAGAAAGAGUGCUGGGGGUCAGGCGCCUGGGCGCAUGUCUGAGGUGCAGGAUACUCAAGAUUCAGUGUUCCCUUGAGAACCCCUGCCAGCCCUGCCUGCAGUCGGCCGUCAAAGGCUCCGAGAGGAAGGUCCUCUCGUUCUGCUACUGCGUGCGGACCCGUUUCGCCGACGUCAACAUCUUUGGAUGUCGCUCGGCCGGCGAGACCGCCUCCGCCGUCGGGAUGCAGACCGAAAGCCUCCUGUUGGACAUGAGCAAUCUGCUCUCCCGCAUUGCCAAACCCGCUCGCUUCUCCUUCACGUCCAACCCGGCAGCGUUCAACAACACGAUGGUCUCGUGGCUCACCGAUCCCGACUUCCGCCUGCCUAACGGCAGCAUCGUCGGCCUCUGCUGCUCCAGGCUGCUGGGGCUCCAGUUCCGACAGGAAACUGCGAACGGCGACGCCGCCACAGACGACCUGCUCACCGACUUCCGCCGCUUCCUGCUCGCCACCUCACUCGCCCACGCCGGCUGGCGCGACGGCGGCAAAGCCCUCAAGAUGCGCGACCUGUGCGCGGCAGGGCAGGUAUCCGGGUGCCGCCUGCUCCGGCGCCUCGACCGCGUGCUGACGCCGCAGUUCCUCGCCCGGUGCGAGCGCGAGUCGUGCCAGGUGCUGUUCCUGCUCGUGUUGGGCGCCGUGCUGGGCGUCGGGUACUCGUCGUCGUCGCUGCUGGAGGGCGACGCGUCCCCUGCGUUUCCCGCGGCCGGCGCCGAGACGCUGCUCAGCCCGGAGUUCCGCCGCAGCCCGACGCUGUGGCUGGCCAUGAAAGAGCACCUGUGCCAGAUGCUGGCGCAUCACUUGAUAUUCAUCGGGUCCAUGCUGGGAAUUCGCCUGGAUACCGCGCUCGAACAGCGCAUCAUCGACACCGCGGUGACCAGGUGGAACAAAGCCGAGGAGUUUGUUUGGGCAGAGAUGAUGGGCGUGGCGGGACCGUCUGCCCUCAAAGUGCCGGGGAAUGGGGAUGUCAAGACGGAGGAGGAGGAAGGUGACCCCAUGGGUGGCAGUCCAAGAACGAAGCGUCCUCCUGCUCCUCUCCCUCCAAUUCGGCACAAUGCACUGCCCUGGUCUCCGCUGGAAGCUCCGCAACUGGUUCCGAUCCCUUGCCCCGAGGUCAGCCAAUUCCAGCCCGCAGCAGUUGAAGCGUGGUCAGAGAAUCCGCAAUCAUACCUGUCCCUCUUUGAAGAGUCCAAGAACGGUGAACCGUCGGGCUUGGAAAGCUCGACCCGGGACGUGGAGGACCCGGCUUCAGUAACGGGGCCGCGCCCGGAACCAAGUGCUAGGCUCAAAGGGCCUGAAUACGGGCGGCCGCGAGAAACAAAGCGGCGGUCGAUAUGGAUCGUUCGGCCGCUAGACGCCGGGCCGGAGCACGGCUUGGUCAAUGUGCAUGCACGCCUCCGAGGCGACAGUAGCCUGGAGAGUUUGCGGACUUUCGUAUAACGGGGGCGCUUGAGAGCCCGUCAUGAUUUAACGACAUGAUUCUAUCUUUUUACACGAAGAGGUGACGACCAUAGACAUAGCAAUUCUGGUGUAUACUGCGAAGCUUAUCUCGACUUGGCUAAUCCUAAUCGAAAUAAACUACUGGUUGGAUGCUCGAGCUCAAAACUUCCCCCCGCUCUUCUGCUCCUAGACCAUAAGGCAAGCCGCAAUAACCCCCCAAACAUGCGCCGCAAUUACCUGCCCGGUUGGCAUCACGCUGAAAGGGGUAAGAUGCUCGGCGAACCCGGAGCUCGGCAAUAUAUCCCAAUUUAGCCAACUCAUAGCAAGUAUUAACCUAUAGUCUAAG